UACACCAAAUCCCAUUUUACCCCCCUGCGGCACCCUCGCAUCAGUGCAGCCCAAACGGUACCAGGAGACACUGAUUUUGGUCUCCAGUCUCACUAAACUACAGUGCCGCGGAAGAGGAAUAGUGGUUUUGUAAAUUUCGACGCAAAAUGGGGAGUUUUAAGAUACGACCGCCAAUUGUCUGCUUGUUGCUGUUCUGGACGCACGCCGCCUCGCCUUUCAACCUGGACACGGAGAAUGUCAUCAUUAAACAGGGAGAGAAAGACAGCCUGUUCGGAUUUUCGCUUGCCAUGCAUCGACAGUUGAGCCCCGCCGACAAAAGACAUUUGCUGGUGGGAGCCCCGCGUACGUCAGGUCGGGGUGCUACGGCCGCCGUCGCUACUGGGGCCUUGUACACAUGUGACAUCAGCGACCCCGGCACUUCCUGCACACGAGUGGCACUGGAUGAGGAAUUGGACGUAUCGCAGGAGAGCAAGGAUAACCAGUGGCUGGGAGUGGUGGUGCAGAGCCAGCGGCCUGGAGGCAAAGUCCUGACGUGUGCCCACCGCUACCAGCGGCGGCGGUACGUGGGCAGCAUCCACGAGACGUGGGACAUCAUGGGUCGCUGCUUCGCGCUGGCCCAGGACCUCACCAUGGACCCGGACCAGGACAGCACCGAGGGCGACCACUGGAUGUUCUGCAAGGGCCGGCGGGGGGGCCACGCGCGCUUCGGCUCCUGCCAACAGGGGCUAUCGGCGACCUUCACCAAGGACGGACCCCUCACAGGGGACGAGCACUACCUGAUCUUCGGGGCACCCGGAGCGUACAACUGGAAAGGCAUAGUGCGUCUUGAGCAGAAGAACGAUACUCUGCCUGACUUGGGCAUUUGGGAUGACGGGCCCUACGAAGUGGGGGGCGAGACCAACCAGGACGAGAACUUGGUGCCUGUCCCCCCCAACAGCUACCUUGGCUUCUCCCUGGACUCAAGCAGGACGCUGACCAAGCGUGGCGAGCUGGUGGUGGUGGCCGGGGCGCCGCGAGCCAAUCACAGUGGGGCGGUGGUGUUCCUGACGAAAGGCAAAAACAACGACAUGGUGCCCGUGCACAUCCUGGAUGGGGAGGGUCUGGCUUCCUCCUUCGGAUAUGAUCUGACUGUGGUGGACCUCAAUGCUGACGGGUGGCAGGAUUUGGUGGUCGGCGCGCCCCAGUACUUUGAGAAGGAGGGAGAUGUGGGAGGGGCCAUUUACGUUUACAUCAACAAGGCGGGAGAUUGGAAUGCGGUCCAGCCCCUCCGCAUCGACGGCAGCAAAGACUCCAUGUUCGGACUGAGCGUGAAGAACAUUGGAGACGUCAACCUGGACGGCUAUCAAGAUGUGGCCGUGGGCGCUCCUUAUGAUGACGGUGGAGCAGGGAAGGUAUUCAUCUACCACGGGUCUGCAGAGGGAAUCCAAGAGAAGCCAGCACAGGUGUUGAGUGCCAAGGGCCAGGGUGUGCAGCUGUUUGGUUACUCCCUAGCUGGUAACAUGGACCUGGAUAACAACGUCUACCCGGACCUGGCAGUCGGCUCUCUGUCUGACGUGGUGCACAUCUACAGGGCACGGCCAGUCAUUAAUCUGGAGAAGAAUGUGGAGUUCUCGCCAAAGGAACUCAGCUUGACGAAGAAGAACUGCCCAGAGGGCGUAUGUCUCGAGGUGAAAGCCUGCUUCUUCUAUACGGCAAACCCCUCGACCAUCAAUCCCAAAAUUGUGUUGAAGUACAAGUUUCAGGCCGAGAAGCAGCGUAGGGAGCAGGGUCUUCCUACUCGAGUGACGUUCUCCCAGCGCUCUCCAGACGAUCCAGACUACGAGAGUUCCGGAACCCUGCUUCUGAAUUCCCAGAAGAAGAAGCAAUGCUUGCCGAACCCACUUAAAGUUAUAGUAAAGGAAAACAUCAAGGACAAGUUAAGAGGCAUCCCUAUCGAGGUGUCUGUCGAGCUGGACGGUGGAAGCCGUAACCGCAGAGAUCUUCCCGGCCUCACCCCCAUCCUAGACUCCAGCAAGCCUACCAGCAUUCUCUAUGAGGUGGGUUUUGUAAAGCCUGGAUGUGGACAGGACAACAUCUGCCAGAGUAAACUUGACGUAAAGUAUGAGUUCUGCUCACGAAUUGGAAACUCAGACAACUUCAAACCCCUUGGCAAGCGCAAUGGUGUGCAGCUGAUUCCACUGCGGGACCAGAAGGACAUCGCUCUGAAGGUGACAGUGACAAACAGUGGGGACGAUGCGUACGAGGCAGCCCUGGUGGCCUCCUUCCCAAACACCCUCUCCUACUCGACAACACGCCCCAUAGGCGCCGUGAUCUGUGGUGCCAAUCAGAAUGGCUCUCAGGCUGAGUGUGAACUGGGUAACCCUUUUAAGACCAACUCAGUGAAAGAGUUCUACAUCGUCAUGAGCACCGGUGGUAUCUCCGCUAACACCACGGAGGUAGAAAUCGACCUGCAGCUCAAGACGACAAGUCAGCAGGAGGCAACAUCAGUGAAGGCCAGGGCCGAAGUUACAGUGGAGUUGCAGCUCUCCGUCAUUGGCGUGGCGAGACCAUCCCAGGUCUACUACAGCGGAGGAAAGAGUGAGAGCGACGUGAAAACGGAGAGUGAGAUUGGCUCCCUGGUGGAAUACGAAUUCAGGAUCAUCAACCUGGGCAAACCUCUGGAGUCGUACGGCAUGGCGGCUCUAACCAUCCACUGGCCGGCAGAGACCCACAACGGGAAGCACCUGCUCUAUGCCAUGAGCAUCACCUCCUCACUGGAGGGACAGACCUGCACCCACACGGGCGCCAUCAACCCAGUGGCCAGGAUAAAGGAGGAGCCCUCAGCCAGGGUGAAGCGUGAGGUUGCCAGCGCGAGAACCGCAGAAGAAGGCACCAUCUCGGCCCGGACAGACCGCAAAAAUGACACUCUGUGGUGUGGCCAUGGCGCCCGGUGCAAGGACAUCAGGUGCCCCCUAGUGGGCAUGAAGAGCGACGCAGACAUCAGGCUGAAGGCACGACUGUGGAACCUCACCUUCUCAGAGGACUAUAAAGAUUUGAACUACCUGACUGUCUUCGUGAAAGCGACUCUGACUCUGGAUGUAAGGUCCUCAAACUUCCAACUGAAGAACCCAGAAACAACAGCGACUCUGACGGUGUUCCCUGAGCGGCGCAUGGCCCAGUACAGUGGGCUGCCGUGGUGGAUCAUCCUGGUGGCCAUUCUGCUGGGGCUGCUGCUGCUGGCGCUGCUCAUCUUCCUCCUCUGGAAGUGUGGAUUUUUCAAGCGUUCCAAGUACAACGACAGUGUUCCCAGCUACAACGCGGUGCGCAUUAAGAAGGUGGAGAGCCGGAGUGGAAAAGCGGAAACCCCGGAGAAGAAACAGUGGAUGACCAGCUGGAACCAGAACGAGAGCUACUCGUAACGCUCGCUUCACUUCCCUCACAGAUAGGAACACUAGAUACCGUGGCGGUGACCACUCCUUUAGAUCAUCGGAAUGAAUGGCUUAAGUCAGAGGCGGAACAAAUGUACAUGGGGCCCCCUGUACACCCUGGCAAAGUCAUAAUACGGCCCCCACCACCAAUACGGGAGGGCCCUGGGCCCAGGGGCAAAUGCCCUGCUCGCCCCUCCUACAGCUCCGCCCCUGGCUUAAGUCAGAUUGCCUCCUCACCAGUUAUGUUUAGGGCCUCCAAAACUUUAGCAGCGGCCCUGGUAUACAUCAACCUAUGAGAAAUCACGAGAAAUCAAAUAUCAAGAGACCGGCCCAAGACGGUGGCGCCCAGGGUUUGGCCACACCAGAAGGCUGGACACGCCAUCUAGUGUUCCUAUCUAUGCACUACGCUCACUCACUUUCACUUCCUGGAAGUUUUUGUCCACUGCUUGACUUGACUUAGAGAUGGGAUACUUCUGUUCCAUUGCUAUCUCCUCAGCACCACCACAACUCUUCAACACCCGUCCCAAACAAAAAAGAAAAAAGCGAAAGAAAAAAAAAACUUCUGUAGUUGCUCCCUCCUUAAAACCUUUUCUUUACAGCUCCACGCAACUGGUCUAGACUGGAACAUGUCCGUUUCCAAAAAGGGUGGGGACGAAAGCAAAAAAAAAGUACCCCGAAUUUGUUCUUCCAUUCUGUUUUGGAGGGACUUUAUUUGCACAUGUUGAAUUAUGAUUGUGAAUUUUAAAAACCUUUUCGUAUUUCUCUUUUCUCAAGGGACACUUUUCACCGCCCUGCCAUCGCAUUUCACACUAUGACACUCCACUUAACAAAAGGAGCAAAAAAAAAAGUAUUUUGACUGUAAAAACUUUGGUCCAAUAUAUUUCCAUUCUGUUUUGUUUUUCUCCAACAUUGUUUUUUUUUUUUUAAAUGGUGAGAUGAACAUUAUUUUAUACAUGUUUUGUAUAUAUUUGAACUGAAUGUUUCUGUAUGUAUUUAUUUUUCAGCAGGUAAAUCUGCUGUAUAGACCAAAGAACAAACUCUGGAAGAUUGUCCAUAAAAGAAAAGAGAUUUUUUUUUAACCGUUAAAAUUUUCUAGGACUGUUUUUACUGAAUGUAAAUAUCUUGUUGAACGCCAUGUCUGAUCAUUCAUUUGAACUCUGUAUUCUCUGUAGGUGUUUAGCUUAUCAAAGGACUAGCUCAGACAUUGUUACUACCAUUGAUCUGAUGAUGGACUGUCAGUAUUGCGGAUGAGAUGUUGAAGGUGCUACUUGUAGGAUUCUGUCUGAAAGUGGUACUGACAUAUGGCCUGGCGAGCCAGGCUAAAUGUAAAACCUUCGUCUGGACUCACUCGUAUCAGACCACUGAAGGCUGUGGGUGGGACAAAAUUGCUGUUAUGGAUCAUAUUGCCUCUGCGCUGCCUUGGCCAAAGCUAUGACCAAUCAAACAAUAGCAUUUCGUUACCAUCACAAUACUGUAUCAACACAUACAGUAGAACGGGAUGGUUAAGUUUAUUAGGCUAACUGAACGCAACACGUAAAAUCAAGGCUCGACAGCAAGCAAACAUGUUAACGUAAUUACUACGUAAGGAUCCUUGAUGAUUACUUUCCAUACAUUUCUUACAUGUAGUUGCACCUUAAAAGGUACACUGUGUAAGAUUUUUAGUUGUUUAUUUCCAGAAUUCAUGCUACCCAUUCACUAAUGUUACCUUUUUCAUGAAUACUUACCACCACCAUCAAAUUCUAAGUAUUAAUUUUGACUGGAAAAAUUGCGCUUUUCAUACACGCCAUUUUGAAUUUCCAGAAAUAGCCAUUUUUAGCUGCAAAAAUGACAGUACUUUGGCCAUACUAGAAAAUAUUAGCUUAUUACUUAGUAAACUUUCAUGAAAAGAUCAAAUCUGGCAAUAGGCAACCCAGUUUCAAUGAGCAGCAUAGUUGUAGUACCUUUUUUGACCAUUCACUGCACAGUGUACCUUUAACUAUGGAUGACGGCACAUCGUAUCGUGGGCGCCUUUCAAACUAUUUCUACCCAUCCUUUCCUGUUGCUAGUGACCUCAUGAUGCUAGGCAGAUGUCAUUGAUGAUCAAAGUUUUAUUAAUUAACAUCUUGCAAAAACACACUAUAAAAUGUCAUUAUCUCAUUUGCAAUUGGGAUGUUGAAUGGGGAAAAACAUCCCCAAACGUUGGUCUGCCUAGGUUGGCAGUAGGGAAACUUUCUCGUUUUCUCCAUGGAGGCAAGGCAACACUGAGGCAAGAGGUCACAAGCAACAAGAAAGGAUGUGAGGAACUACUUUGAAAGGCACUCUUACACCCUUUCAGUCAAGUAUUUUGUCUCAAUGUCCCUCCUCCAGAGUUUCCUCUGGCCUUCAGCCUGGCUCAGCUUCUGGCUCAAGUUCUCACAGAAAACUAUUUAGAAGUCAACUCUCCCAUCGGGUUACUCUUGCAUCAGGAUAUUGAAUUGGAGAAAAGCCACCCCCCACCUGCUUGAAACAGGUAAACCUUAUUGUUUCCUCCACGUGAAGGUGAGGUGAAACUGACUGGCACAAGGUUUUGGGCCUGAGGAAACAACUGCAUGUUGAGUCUGACCUAUGCAACUCUGUGGGUUUAGUUACUCAACUAGGGGGAGUUCCAAGUUAGUGGUUCAACUCAGAUUAAGCAGUUGACCUAAGGAUCUCAUUGAGUGGUUCUGUAAGUAAAACACAUGGACAGAACUAUACAUACAUAUAAGAAGUGAUGGCAUUUGCUCUGAGUAACACGUUACUUCACACUACCCAAUUCUGGCAAGACGAGACUCUAUGAACAUUGAAUUUUAGCAUCCGACAACAAAAGACACCCAGGAAAUUCCCAUUGGAAAAACCAUUGUGUGUCCAAUCAAAUAAAUAAAAUUAAUUUAAAAAUAAUAAUAAUUAAAAUAAAAUAUUGAAAUCUGUAGAUUCAAUGGAGCUGCCAAAUGGAUAUUCAGCCAUUAGACAACAUGUGUGGCCGUACGUACCCCCACAUACAUGUACAAAACAAUGCACUGUCUUCCACCUCUGCACAUACAGCGAUGCACUCACACGUACAGUAAGAUUGAGUUGUUUGUCUGCCUCAGAGAAAUGCCUUCCCCUUUUUUGUACCUUAACUGAUAUGUUGUAUGAUGAGCAUCUCAAUAAAACCCCUGUUGAAACUA